UUUAUUUUAUGGCAAUGAUAUCUCUCCUUAUUUCUCAAUCAUCAAUUUCUCUCUCUCUCUCUCUUUCUCAUCAUUCAUGUCUUUUUGCUUUCAAAGCAGCCCUCCCGCAAUUAUGAUCACAGAGGUAGUUGAUCGUAGUUAAUUCAUCACACUAACUAAUCCUCUCCACCAAAUAAUAUUAUAUAAUAAAUUAAGAAAUUCUCUCUCUUGAGUAAUAAUUUUUUUCAUGAAUUUAGUCCAAGAGAAAGUGAAUAUGGGUUCUAGUUCCCAGUCGAUUUCGAAGCCAAUUGAAGAAGAAAACAAUUUCAAUUUCAAAUUCAACAGGGGAGCAUGGACCGCAGAGGAAGAUCAAAAACUUGCUGAGGUAAUUUCACAUCAUGGUGCACAAAAGUGGAAGACUGUUGCAGCCAUAGCAGGCCUCAAUCGAUGUGGUAAGAGUUGCAGGAUGAGAUGGUUGAAUUAUCUCAGGCCCAACAUUAAGAGAGGAAAUAUAACUGAUCAAGAAGAGGAUUUAAUCCUUAGGCUGCACAAACUUUUAGGCAACAGGUGGUCGUUAAUAGCGGGACGAUUGCCUGGUCGAACAGAUAAUGAGAUCAAGAAUUACUGGAAUUCUCAUUUGUGCAAGAAAAUGAGCCAGAAAGAGAAGAAGAAGAAGAAGAAACAAAUGGAGACUACUACUACUCCAAAUAAUAAUACUACAAGACCAAAAGUGAUGACCAAGUAUGAUGAUGAGAAGGUUCAUACACAAUUAUUAGUCAAAGAAAACAGAACAUCAUCGUCCGACCAAGUUAUAAUUAGCGAUAAAGAUCAUAAUUCAAACAUGGCUACUACUAGUACCCAUUUUGAUGUUGAUGAUUUCUUUGACUUUUCAAAUGAAGGGUCUCUCAAUUUGGAGUGGAUGAACAUGUUUAAUCUUCAGGCCAAUGUUUAAUAAUAUAUUAUAUUUUAGUUCUUUCCUUAAUUAGCUUUGAGAUAAGUUUGAGAUCGAUCUAAUCGUUUGCAUGCAUAUGAUUAUCUAAUUUAGAGCUAGUUUGCUAGAUAAUUAGGCUUUCUUUUUUUACUUUUUUUUCUUUGAUCUCCAACACUUUAGUUAACUACCAGUACUAGCUAGAAUUCGUAAGUGCAAAUCACUGGCCGUGUAAUAAAUGAUGAAAAAAUUAUUAUUCAUCUAUUUUUAUUAAAGCUAAAUAAUAAAUAAUGCACAUCUCAAACA